AUGCUGACUCAGCUGGUACUGGGAUGGAGUGCUCUGCUCUGCGGUUUCCAACCAGCAGAUUCCUCCAUUACAACUAGAUUCACAUCCAGUCGAGGAAACAAGUGGUUGGCUAGGAAAUGUGAAGCCUUCAUCCCUCCCUCUGUUCCUCCCCCGAUGUUUCCUCCGGUUAAACGGAAGAAGGAACUGAUGGUUGAUAUAACAGAACACAUCGUGGGAGCAAAGGGAGAGAAGGGCUGCAGGGGACCCAGAGGACUUAAGGGUUGUCCAGGUGUGACGGGUCCGAACGGAGAACCAGGAACUCAGGGAGUCAUGGGACAGCUGGGUCAAAAGGGAGAGACGGGCAACCAAGGCUGGAGGGGUCUGUAUGGAGACAUAGGAACUCCUGGGAUGAUAAAGGUACGCCAGCAAAUAUUUAUGUAUUUACUGGACUCGCCACUUCAUUGGGUAGAGUAG